AUUAUAGGACAGGUAAUUGCAUUUGCUAGCACCUAACAUUUGGCUGAAUACAGCCAUGUUGGCGGAUGACUUUGUAUAAGUCUCCAACUCAGCCAUCCAUCUAUUGUUUUCUCGAAUAGUAGUAGCAAAUUAACUCUUAAUUCAAGCCUGGCGGCUUAUUACCAUAAAAUACCUGCCUGUCUACUCUAAUAUCUAACCUCUUACAAAUUAUCCAGCAAGGUAAGAGAGGUCGAAAGUAAAUAUGUCUCCUCCAAGACGAACCCGCAGAACGGACCAAGACACCUUCACGCGCACGGGUCCGGAAGCCGUGACUUACGACCUCUCGGUGCGCGACCAGGCCACGAUUCGGGUCCCGGUUGGCUCUGCGUGGACAUCCGGGCCCCAUUGGCAUGAUUCGCAUACGGAGUUCCUGCAGGUAUUAGCCGGUCGCGCGCGCGUCACGCUGUCCGGUCGGAUAUUUUGCGUCGGUCCUGCUGACGGCGCGGUCACGGUGCCGCGGGGCUUGGUGCAUGAGUGGCGCCGCGCUGAUCGGAAGGAGGAGGGAUACUUGGGCGUGGCCGAGCAAGAUCAAGAUACAGGGGCUGAUACGGAGGAGGAGGAGGAGGAGGAGGAGUUAGUCGUGAGAGAAUGGACGGAGCCGAGGGACGGCGCGAAAGAGAUGUUCUUUCGGAACUUGAACGGGAUUAUCCUGGAUGCUACCGCGGGGGGUGGUGCUUGGAGCGACGACGCGCUCGUGACGCUGGAGCUGUGGAAUUUGUUCUGGAGAGCGGAUAAUUAUCCGGUUACGUUGGGCGCGGGGUGGGUUGGCGGUUUGGCUACUAGGGCGGCGAUGGGGGUUGCGGUUGCGAUGGGGUGGGUGUUGGGACGGAGGGGGGUGUAUGGGGAGUAUGGCGAGAGGUGAUUACCUAUGUAUGGCCGCUAUCUUCAUCGACGCCCCGACUCUUCUCCUUUUCCGUCUUCCAUUCUCCAGUCUGUGGGUUAUAUUCAAGGAGAUACAGUACUUCCGUGCCAGCUUCCCCUGCAUACUCGUAUAUGAUCUCCAGGUUUGGCUCGCCAUAGUUCCCUA